AUGGACGGCUGCGGGUGGGCUGCCACCAGCUCUAGGGCCUCCACAGGGCUUGCAGCUCACAGCACCACAGGCAGCCGCCGGGCCUUCUCUCGCUCCCUGUCCAGCAAGCCUGCCAAGGGCUUCCCGACCUACCUGGGCCUGCGCGGGCAGCAUGCGGCAGCCCCAGCAGCAGAUGGCGUGGCGGCCAUGAAGGCAGCGGCAGCGCCUGCCGCCGCUUCAGUUGCAGUGGAGAAGCUGCAGACCGCCUCGUCCCCGGUCAACCUGCACGAGGUGGCGGAUGCGGAGCAGCUCCUGGAAGAGCUGGACGCCUGCGGCGUGGGCCUGAUUGCCAGCCUGAAGAACGAGUACAAGCAUGACAUCGUGGAGAAGGCGCUGGUGGCGCUGGGGUGCAUGGAGCACCGCGGCGCCUGCUCCGCCGACGACGUGUCUGGCGACGGCGCGGGGCUGAUGACCAAGCUGCCCUGGGAGCUGUUCAAGGCGGAGAUGCCGCAGCUGAAGGAGGAGACCACCGGCGUGGGCAUGAUGUUCAUCCCCAACGACGACGCCCUGGAGGCCAGGUGCAAGGAGAUUUUUGAGAAGGUGGCCAAGGACGAGAACUUCAAGGUGGUGGCCUGGCGCGAGGUGCCCGUGGACGUGUCGGCGGUAGGCCCAAUCGCCCUCAAGACCAUGCCCCGCAUGCGCCAGGUCUUCAUCGAGUCGCAGGCGGGGCUGACGGGCGACGAGCUGGAGCGGGAGCUGUUCAUCGUGCGGAAGCUCAUGGAGAAGGAGAAGGCUGCGGCGCUGGGGGAGGACCAUUGGGACUUUUAUGCGUGCACCCUCUCCUCCCGCACCAUCGUAUACAAGGGCAUGCUAAACUCCUCCGCCGUGGGCCGCUUCUUUGUGGACCUGCGCGACGAGCGCUUCACCACCCCCUUUGCCAUCUACCACCGCCGCUUCUCCACCAACACCGUGCCCAAGUGGCCGCUGGCGCAGCCCAUGCGCGUGCUGGGGCACAACGGCGAGAUAAACACGCUGCAGGGCAACCUCAACUGGGUGGCCUCCCGCCAGGCCGGCCUGCGCAACGAGGUUAUUCACUUUUAUGAGUACUACGAGGGUCUGCAGGAGGGCUGGGACGGCCCCGCCCUGCUCGUCUUCUCAGACGGCAUCAAGGUCGGCGCACGCCUCGACCGCAAUGGCCUGCGCCCCGCGCGCUUCUGGCAGACCGCCGACGACAUGGUGUAUGUGGCCUCCGAGGUGGGCGUGCUGGGCGAUGUGCUGAGCAACGCGGGCAACGUGGUGGCCAAGGGGCGGCUGGGCCCCGGCCAGAUGGUGUGCGCCGACCUCGCCGCCGGCACCUUCCGCACCAACACCGAGAUCGCGCGCGACGUUGCUACGCGCGCGCCGUACGGCGACUGGGUCAAGAGCUGCGCCCGCAAGCUGUCCGAGCUCAACGCCUCCAAGGUGCUGGGCGAGUGCCAGCUGGAUGCCAGCGAGGCGCUGCGGCUGCAGGCUGCUGUGGGGUAUGGGCAGGAGGACACGCAGAUGAUCAUCGAGUCGAUGGCGCAGACGGGCGCGGAGCCGACCUUCUGCAUGGGCGACGACUGCCCGCUGCCGGUGCUGGCGGGCACGCCCCACAUGCUCUACGACUACUUCAAGCAGCGCUUUGCCCAGGUCACCAACCCCCCCAUCGACCCGCUGCGCGAGGGGCUGGUGAUGAGCCUGGAGAUGCGGCUGGGCGGGCGCGGCAACCUGCUGCAACCGGGACAGGGGUCCUACAACCAGAUCAUGCUGAAGAGCCCAGUGCUGCUGGAGAGCGAGCUGGAGGCGGUGCGCGGCGACUCGGCGCUGGCCGCCCAGACCUUCUCCCUGCACUAUGCGGCGGGCCAGCCCGACGCGAUGCAGCAGGCGCUGGCGGAGCUCUGCAAGACGGUGGAGGCGGCUGUCCGCGCGGGCUGCCAGUGCGUGGCGCUGGAGAAGGGUAUCCUCAAGAUCCUCUCCAAGAUGGGCAUCUCCCUGCUGUCGUGCUACCACGGCGCGCAGAUCUUUGAGGCAUACGGCCUCGGCCGCGAGGUGGUGGACACCGCGUUUGUGGGCAGCGUGUCGCGCAUCGGCGGCAUGUCGCUGGCAGACAUCCAGCGGGAGACGGAGGCCUUCUGGGCCAAGGGCUUCCCCGACAAGGCCCUCACCAAGCUGGACGACUACGGCUUCAUCCAGAGCCGCCCCAAGGGCGAGUAUCAUGCCAACAACCAGGCCAUGUCCAAGCUCCUCCACAAGGCCAUCGGGCUGGGAGGCAAGGGCUCUGCGGGGCAGGCCGCCUUUGACGCCUACACCCAGCACUUCAAGCAGGCGCCCGUGCACGUGCUGCGCGACAUGCUGGAGCUGGACAGCGGGCUGCAGCCGGUGCCGAUCGAGGAGGUGGAGUCGGCGGCAGGUGAGGCUAGGGGGGCUGUGAGCUAG